AAAAUUUGGGAGGUUAUUUGUGGGUUGAAGAUGUAACAAAAUUGUAAAGGCCCUGGUGGAGCUGGCCAAUAAGAUUCGUACACGGAUGGAGAGGAAUGAUGGAAAUUUCAUUCUUAUUUUUUAACAGUUCCCCUUGAAUUUCAACUAUGGAUGCAUUAAAGAUUUUAACAAUCCUACUAAUUAAUUUAACGUUUUGUUCCCUCAUCCUAGCCGAGAGGAACUUUUACAAGAUUCUCGGUGUGCGGAAGGACGCGAAUACAAAUCAAAUAAAAAAGGCCUACAGGAAAUUGGCGAAAGAGCUUCACCCGGAUAAGAACAAAAACGACCCGGAGGCAGCUGAGAAAUUUAGUGAUCUUAGUGCUGCCUAUGAAGUUCUUUCCAACCCGGACAAGAGAGAUAAAUACAAUAAGUGUGGGGAAGAAUGCCUCAAAAAGGACGGAAUGAUGGACAAUUCCAUGGACCCGUUUGCAAGCUUUUUUGGAGACUUUGGCUUCCACUUUUCCAACGGUGAUGGAGGAAGGAACAGAGAGACUCCCAAAGGUGCCACCAUCGUCAUGGAUUUGCCUGUCUCACUCGAAGAAUUAUAUAAUGGCAAUUUCGUUGAGAUUACAAGGAAAAAACCUGUUAUGAAGCCUGCAUCAGGCACACGAAAAUGCAAUUGUCGACAAGAAAUGCAGACGAGACAACUUGGCCCGGGGAGGUACCAAAUGAUGCAGCAAACGGUUUGCGAUGAAUGCCCCAAUGUCAAAUUUGUCACCGAGAGCAGAUUGUUAGAAGUCGAAAUAGAACAGGGCAUGGUAGACCGUCAAGAAGUCAGAUUUAUUGCCGAAGGUGAACCACAUAUAGAUGGAGAUCCAGGUGAUUUAGUCUUGAAGAUCAAGACUGUCCCUCACCCCGUCUUUGAAAGGCGAGGAGAUGAUUUGUACACAAAUGUUACAAUCUCGUUAGUAGACGCCCUAACAGGCUUCUCAAUGGAAAUUGAACACCUAGACGGUAGAAUGGUAAAAAUUCAACGAGAAAAAGUAACAUGGCCUGGUGCUAGAAUAAGAAAGAAGGGCGAAGGAAUGCCUAAUUAUGAAAAUAAUAAUUUACAUGGUGUAUUGUACAUCACAUUUGAUGUAGAAUUUCCUAAAAAUGAAUUCACAGAAGAAGAAAAGAACAGUCUCAAAGAAAUUCUCAAACAGAAAUCUGUGAACAAUGUUUAUAAUGGAUUACAUGGUUUCUAACUGUGGAGAUAUUAAAAACAAAUAUUUAUAGGCCAAUUUUUAUAAAUACCAAAAAUGUUGGGUGCUACUCGUGCAAAACAGAGACAAAAAGUUAUUCCCACUUAAAAUGUAAAACGAGAGACUAAAUGUUGACCUAUUAUUUGUGUAAGAUGAAUUUUUGAACAUUUCAAAUUGUGUCUGAUUGUUUCCUGUAUCAGUGUUUUUAAAGUGUAUGAGUUUGAAAAAUCUUCAAUUUAAACUGGUAGUUUUCCUUGAGAAAUUUUUGACUUAGAUCUAUUUAUUUUUUAGUUUUUAUAAAUUUGAAUUAUUAACCAAUUGAAUUACCAUUUUGGAUUUUUUUAAAUAAUAAUUUUGAUAUGAAUACACUUUCUUAGUUGAA